UGGCAAAAAGCCCCUCGUCGAAGCGUAAGCUCCCAAUUCAGUCAGUCGCUCACAUUACUCUUGACACAGAGUGCACGCACAUGACCUGCCCAGUGCUCCAUUGGCAUUUCGCACGGGUCACCAUCUACCUUUUUUUUUCAUGUUUCUCUCGCGGCUGCUGCACGUUAGUGGCUUUCUCCCUCCCCGCACCCUUGGCCAUCAUGGAGGCAUGGGUCCAGCCAGCGGAAUGCAGCACAAAAGGAUCAAAGGCGGCAUGAGUGGGACUGUGCCCACGAUGAGGCACGUCAGGAGGCGUUCG